UAUUUGACAAGCUACAGUCAGCUCGAGCACUCCAGCUUCACGUUCAGUGUGGUUCAGACGCGCGGAGCUUCUCAGCAUUUUACUCAGUUUGGUUUUUGUUAGUUGGUGAGGCCACCCCAACAACACAGCAGUCAUGGACGCCAUCAAGAAGAAGAUGCAGAUGCUUAAGCUAGACAAGGAGAAUGCCUUGGACAGAGCUGAGGGAGCUGAGGGAGACAAAAAGGCAGCGGAGGACAAGAGCAAACAGCUUGAGGAUGACCUGGUAGCGCUGCAGAAGAAGCUGAAGGGAACAGAGGAUGAGUUGGACAAGUACUCUGAGUCUCUUAAGGAUGCCCAGGAGAAACUUGAACUCGCUGAGAAGAAAGCCACAGACGCCGAGGCUGAUGUAGCUUCCCUGAACAGACGUAUCCAACUGGUUGAGGAGGAGUUGGAUCGUGCUCAGGAGCGUCUGGCCACAGCUCUGACCAAGCUGGAGGAGGCUGAGAAGGCUGCUGAUGAGAGUGAGAGAGGCAUGAAGGUGAUCGAAAACAGAGCAUCGAAGGAUGAGGAGAAGAUGGAGCUGCAGGAGAUCCAGCUGAAGGAGGCCAAGCACAUCGCUGAGGAGGCUGACAGGAAAUACGAGGAGGUCGCCCGUAAGCUGGUCAUCAUUGAGAGUGAUCUGGAACGUACAGAGGAGCGCGCUGAGCUCUCUGAAGGCAAAUGCGCUGAGCUUGAGGAAGAGUUGAAGACAGUCACAAACAACCUGAAGUCUCUUGAGGCUCAGGCAGAGAAGUACUCACAGAAGGAGGACAAGUAUGAGGAGGAGAUCAAGGUUCUCACAGACAAGCUAAAGGAGGCUGAGACCCGUGCUGAGUUCGCUGAGAGGUCCGUGGCCAAGCUUGAGAAGACCAUUGAUGAUCUGGAGGAUGAGUUUUAUGCACAGAAGCUGAAGUACAAGGCCAUCAGCGAGGAGCUGGACCACGCCCUCAAUGACAUGACCUCCAUUUAAAUUGUUUACAUCAUCUCACAACCAUCACAGAUGCCACCCGCUGGUUGAGAGGCCUCUCUCUACUACAACUAUGUGGCAGUAUCGCCCAACAUCCUGUCCCCUAUGUCUCCACGUCUCUUCUUUACCACAGCACCACCGCACAUUGGGCCUCUGCUGCUGCUGCCAUCCUAUAGACCACCUUUUGUACAGAACCCUGACUCAUUUUGCUUUCUGUAAAAUAAACUUUACAUCCAUCCAUGUCAGCCAAUCUUACCCUUCAAAUAUGUAGUUCUUAAUUUCCUUAAUUUCCUGUCUUUAAAUGUUUCUCUGUUUAAUUUAUUACUGAGCAGCUUUGAAUAAAACCGAAAGCUCCUCUUCCCAAA